GAAAAUAAAUUUAUUAAAUUCUGGUAAUGGUUUCGUUUAGUGUUAUUUCGUGAAUUUGUUACAUCCUAUAACAAAGAUGGAACCGCCUGUGUUAUACAGUCCUCUGGAGGAAACUGUAGACGGUAAUGAAAAACAAGUGCUUGAGCAGAUACGUUUUUAUGUUGAAAAUUACGAACGCUUGUGUCGGUUGUGUUUGACCAACGAAAAACUGGUAAAUCUCUACAGUAUUGUUCAAGAACGAAACGUUUUUUAUGUUCGACAUUUCAUUAAGGAAGCUCUGCGAAUGAUGGAACAAACGAUUGAUAAAAAAGAUUGCCUGCCAAACUUUAUCUGCGAGAAAUGCGAGCGGAACUUGAAUAUUAUAUUCAACUUUAAGAAAAAAUGUGAUAAAUCACGACGCAUUCUUGAAAAAGUUCGUGAUAAAACUAUUGCGGUAAAUGAUCUAUUUGAUCCUGAAGUUCAUCAAACCGGCGACAAGCUACACAUUAGUCGUAGCAGAGCAAAGCGAGUGCACAAAGCGGAUUGCUCUGAGUUACUGAAAAAGCUUCCUCAAGAUAUUAAUAUAGAAAAAGUGCGAGAUCCUACAAAAACCAUAAAGUUAACCUGUGCUGUGGAACAGAGUUUGGUAAAUAGUACGCUGAAACCGAAACUUGAAACUGACGAUAUCAAGCAUGAAGUUGCUAGCUUAGGGCUCCUGUUUCCGGAAACAGAUAUAAAUAUUGAAUUGCAUGAUUUGACUAAUCUUGGUCACGAAAGUGGCCCUCUGGAAAAUGUGCAUGACCCAGUAAGCGAAAAAGAUUGUAUAGAUGAUCACGUUUCGGAUGGCAUCUCGGAAUCUAAUGACCAACAUGAUAUAUUUGAAGAAAUAGAUACAUCACACAAUAACCACGAUUUUCCAACUCGGAAAAAGCGAAAAUCUAUAACAGUUAGACAAGGAAUACAAGGACGUCCGGUUGGGUCUAAAACGCGUAGUCAAGGAAAAAAACUACCAAAAGAGAAAACCAUUUGUCCGGUUUGCGGUGCUUUGGUGAACAACAUCAAAUGCCACAUGGUCACACAUGACGAGGUACGGCCCCAUCAAUGCGAACAGUGCCCGAAAGGCUUUACGUCCCGCAACAAACUACAAUCGCAUGUAAACAGUGUUCAUCUAAAAAAGCGCGACUUCAAGUGCGAAGUAUGUGGCAAGGCGUUCCUGGAAAAGAACAACCUCAAGGGUCACCAGCGAAUUCAUAAUGGAGAGCGCAAGUACAAGUGCGACCUCUGCCCGAAAACGUUUCUCUUUGCUGGUACACUGCGGUGUCACAAACUGACCCACACUCAGGAUAAAAAACAUGAAUGUCAGGUCUGUGGUAAAUUAUUCUUGAUGCGGACUACGCUUAACAAGCACCUGUACGUGCACAGUAAUGAACGUCCGCACAAAUGCGAUAUGUGCGAUAAAACGUUCCGCACGUCGACGCAUAAAAUCAUCCAUAUGCGGACGCACACUGGUGAAAAACCGUUGCAGUGUCGGAUCUGUGGGGCCGGCUUUGCACACCACAAGGCGCGCAGCGUUCACAUGAAAACCAAGCAUGCAGAGGAAUUGGUCGCAAUGGACAUGCUCGACGAGAGGGGUCACCUAAAAUUCUAGGAAAACGAAUGUGUAAGUGUACGAUUUCCAGUGUUUGUGUAAAGAAUACAUAUAUGUAUAUGUACAGU